UUUUUUUUUUUCUUUUUCUUCUUAUUAUUAUUGUUAUUAAAAAUGGAUACAGUUUUGUAUUAUUUUGAUGAAUAUGUGUUUGAUAAAAUGUAUGCCAAAUUAUGGCCAUCUUAUACAAAGCAUGUAGCUGGAGCUGUGAUUUCUGCUUGGCCUCGAGAUGACUUUUGGCGUAUCAACCUUUCUUUAUUUAUGAUUACUUGCUUUUUUGGUUGGACAUUGUAUUUAUUGACUGCUACUUUGUCAUAUUACUUUGUAUUCGAUCACGAUUAUAUGAAACACCCUAAAUUCUUAAAGAAUCAAGUACGAAUGGAAAUUGAAUGUGCUUUAGGCUCAAUUCCAUGGAUGACACUCCUUACUCUUCCUUUCUUUACUGGUGAAGUCUUGGGUAAAUCUAUGUUAUAUGGUGGCAUGCCUCAAACAGUUCAAGAGUGGCUUUAUAUCCUUAUCUCUAUUCCCUCUUUCUUAUUCUUUACUGAUUGUGGUAUUUACUGGUUCCAUCGUUGGAUGCAUCACCCUAGAAUUUACAAAUAUCUUCACAAGCUUCAUCAUAAAUGGGUUAUUCCUACUCCUUUUGCUUCUCAUGCUUUUAAUCCUUUUGAUGGUUUCUUACAAUCACUUCCUUAUCAUCUUUAUGUUUUCAUGCUUCCUAUGCACAAAUACUUGUAUCUCUUCAUGUUUGUCUUUGUUAACUUUUGGACUGUUAUGAUUCACGAUGGUGAAUUUAUUUCACAUUCUUCUGUUAUCAAUACCAGUGCUCAUCACUUUGUACACCAUGUUUAUUUCAAUUACAAUUAUGGACAAUAUUUCACUUUCUGGGAUAAACUUGGUAAUUCUCAUCGUCAACCUACAGAUGAACAAUAUGUUAAAGCACUUCGUGAUGAUCAAAAAGUAAUGGCCCGUCAAGCUCAUGAUGCAGAAGAAAUCGAAAAUGAAACCCUUGGUAUUAAGCCCAAGUCUCAUUAAACAAAAACAAAACAAAACAAAAUCAUUUAGAAAACACUUCUUCCCUUUCUCCCCUCCCCCAAGAGUAACCUGGCGCUACUUUUACAAUUCAUACUUACUUUUAUAGAGAUUAUUGAUAUAUUUCAGUUAGCUUAUUGUAAUUUAUUUAUUACUUGUUAUUGUUUGCUGUAUUGUUUUUAUUAUUAUUUUUUGAUUUAUAAAUAAGCAGUUAUAACUUGUAUCAAUAAUCUUUUCAUAUACACAUUUUCUUAAACAAUCCAUAAUAAUCAUAGUAGUAGUUUUUUUUAUAGAAAAAUAAAGAAAUAAUAAUAAUCAAAAAAAAAA